AUGUUAGAUUUUGGAACGUUUCGCGGUGGCUUCCGCGGUGGACGAGGGGGAUAUUAUCGCGGAUUCGAUCGUGAUGGUGAACGGCCCGCAUUUCGUGGUGGACGCGGUGGUCGUGGUGGACGCCAGUUCGACCGGAUGAGUGGAUCGGACAGACAGGGACCCAGAUCACUGGAAAAGAAAGAUGGAUUUGGUAAAGGCAACUGGGGAACCGAACAGGAUGAACUGAACGCACAGACUGAACAACCCAACAACACUGCCGAUAGUCCUUACGUGCGUCGUGAGCCACGUACGAAGCGCCUCGACAUUGAAAUCAAUUUUACGGACGAGCAACGCGGCAGUCGUGGUGGACGUAUGCGUGAUGGUUUUAGAGGCGGACGAGGAUUUCGCGGUGGCCGUGAGGGACGUGGCGGCGGCGGCAGCGGCGCGAGACAAACUCAAACAUUUGAGGUGUCCCCGGAUGCUUUCCCGGCACUUGGAAGCCACUGA